AUAUAUUAUAUCUUUCAAGAUAAUUUUAAUAAAGCUAAGUAAACUUUGUAUUCAUUUUAUUAUUGUAAAUUAUUCAACAUAUUUUGAUAUUUUGCCUUCAAUUUUCAGCAUUUCUUAUUAUAUUUGUGUAUAAUCUUGAAAUGAAGCAAAAAGUUAGAGAAACAAAGUGGACCAAAACAGUUGAUCUCUUUCUGAAAGAAGUUCUGGGUGAAGGUAAUAACAGUYUAUUGAGUAAGGCUUCACUUUUGAACAGGUGGAAAGAAAGGAACCCAAAGGUAAACUUUCCACUGGAUGCAUUCUAUGCCCAGUACAUAAAGCUAUCUAGAAGGAAUGAUAAAAAAUAUCAGACUMUUUGGACUGAAAAGAUGGUUUGUGACCUGUUGAUGUGCAAAGAAAAAGCAAUACAGGAGCAAAUCUCAAUGGCAAAAAGAAAUAUUAAGGUAUCAUAUAUGAAUAUCAUGCAUUCCCAUUGGUUGAAACUCUAUCCUGAUAGUGAUUUAAGUGCUAAGAACUUGCAGACUAGAUGUUAUUUGGUUGAUAAAGGAAAGAGAUGCAGAAAGGGUAAGGUUAAAGGACGACAAGCUGGAGCAACUGGUGGUAUGAGUUUAAAUGUGUCCGGUAGGCUCGUUGGGAGAACUGAAAGUGAGGGUCAAUGUUUCAAUGACAAUCAACAGUCUCAGUCUUAUCUUGAUAAAAAGUUUGCAAACAUGCCCAAUGACCAAGCACUGUUGUAUUCUAUGAGGAUGGCAAAUGAGCGUCAUGCCUGUAAACCCCUGUUUAAUUCCUUGUGCUAUAAUUGUGGUACUAUGUUGUUUGGAAAUAUUUCUGAAGGUCACAAAUUUAAGGUAGUCCCCUCUUUUAUGGGUUUGAAUGAUGAAGAUGCAAAUGUUCAGUUUCUUUAUGAAAACUUGAAUCUUCCUUACAAGUCAGAAAAUGGUGGUAUUUGGUAUUCCUGUCGGUUAUGUAAAGGUGGUACUGAUGUGUGCACUUUUUCUUGUGCUGAUCCAAAAACAGGAGCAAUGAAGAUUCCAGACCAAUUAUCAAAUUUAUGCAACUCUUGGGAAAAAGGUCAAGUUGCUCUUUGUGGCCUUUUCUCAACUACCUUGCGCAAGGCAAAUCCAUUGAAAAGAUCCUGGAGGCAUAUUUGUGGGGAAGUGAAUGUACUGCAUAAGUUAGAUAAGCAUUAUUAUGGCAUGUAUGGAUUUUUAGUAUGCAAAGAUAAACAAAUUCCUGUUUUUGAUUCAAGGGGUAGGGUUAUUGAAGCCAUAAGAUGGCUGUACAUGAAUAAUCCUCUUUAUACUGAUUUUUUUUCCAAUUAUGAGACACUUUUUAGGUAUGAUCCCACUAGGCCUGUAGUCAUUGCAAUGUCUAAGGAUGUGACUGAUGCCAAAUCAAAAUCCAUAGAGGAGAGAUUGCAUAAUGAUGACACUGGGCUUGUGAUUCCUUUCUUCUCUGAGAAUCAGUUACCAACUUUAAAAGAAGGAGAAGAUAAUGCUGGAAUUCAACAUCCUGGAAGGAAUGCCGGGCAGAUACAAAAGGAUCUUGAGAAGAAAACUAAGGUUACAUAUUCUGAUCCAGAUCUUGAAGCAAAGGCCUGGCCUCACUUAUUCCCAUUUGGUUGUGGUAGUUGGAAAUAUGGAGAAGGAGUAGGGAUGACUGACUAUUGUAAAGGUCGGCUUUUGAAUUAUGAUAAUCGCUGGAGAUCUGACCCUCACUGGAGUUUCUUUUGCAGUUGAAAUGCUGCAAGAACAUUUAUUAGCAAAAUCUGGUUUACAAAACUUAACAAGAAGAACAUCUUGAAUUUCAGUUCAUAAAGAUGUACACCAUGUAAUGUUUGCAGCUGAAAUGUGCCAAGUGCAAUCAUUUGCAAAAUCUGGUUUACAAAACUUCAAAAGAAAGAAMUCYUUAAAUUCAAGUUCAUGAAGAUAAUUAUUGCUGCUGAAAUGUGCCAAUGCAAAAACAUUUAUUAGCAACAUCUGGUUUACAAAACUUGAAAAGAAGAACAUCUCAAAUUUCAGAUCAUUACACCAUCAGCCAAAAUGUGGCAAGAUUUGCAAAAUCUGGUUUACAGAACUUAAAAAGAAACUCCACCUCUAAUUUAAGUCCAAUCAUAAAGAUGUAAUACUCCAGUCAUGAGAUCUUAUUUGUGCAGUCUUAACUUAAAAACAUGCAAUAUAUUCUUUUAUUCAGCAGAGAACCUACAGUAAUGCAAAAACUCUGUGUAUAAAGAAGACAAUAUUAAACAACUUAUGCUUGAUUGAAGCUAAGCUUCCACAAARGAGAUUUUCGAAACUGGACUAUUCUUAAGAAAUAUAAUGUAAUCAUACAUUGACAAGUACUUUGUGUAUCACUAUGCUAUCAUAGAGUGAUCACAUUAAAGCAUGCAACUGUACAAAAUCUAAUUUUUAGUAUAUAUUUGUACCAAAAGUGGACUUGGAGCAAGACGGUAUUGAAUACUUCAUUUGUAUCAAUUCAAUUCAAUUUGUGUACUGCAUGCACGAUUUGCUCAAUAUAACUAAAUAGAACUAUUUAGUUUGUACAGUGGAAUGGAUUAAGUGUGAUCACUCUAACAGUGAGAGUUCUUCCAGUAAAAUAUAUGAUUUUGUGCUGUAUUUUAUGCUAAUUCUUAAUUGUUUUCUUUUGUUCAACUAGCACUAUUUUCCACAAUUAUUUUGUAAUUAAUGUUCAAAGCUUUACUGAAAGCUUGCAAAGGUGAUAACCCUGGUUCCAGAGGUUUGAUAUUU